AUGCUGCAAUCCUUUGAUCCCGACGGUGGCCUGGUGGACGAAGGCUUCGUGGAGGACCCGCGCUGCGAGCCCUGUAACUGUUGUUUGCAAAGGUUGGUCGAAAAGUGCCGCAUGCCUUGGUUACGGAGGAGUACCAGAUGUAUCCUGCGGCUGCACUGGCAAUUGCCGCUAUGCUUGCACCAAGUGAUACCAAGUGACACCAAGUGUGCCAAAGGGCGUGCAGGGACACCAUCUUAUGUUUCGGGAGUCGAGCAGAUUCAGCAGCCAGUUCUGAAAGAAGCAGGUUCCUCCCAACAAUUUUUUGUUCGGGAGUAG